UGAUAUUUUAUUACUUAUCUUCCCGAUGGCAGCGGUCGAAGACAGGCCAGCUGAUGAUCACAGCGAAGCGGUUGGACCGGCUGUCGCCAGCGCGUCAAUCAUUGAAUUCGGCCGUAGCAAUUUACACCCUACUCUCCUGGAAUCUCUGUCUCAAAGAUACACUACUUUCACAGAUAUACAACGGAAGGCAAUACCACUUAUACUUUCGGGAAAGGAUGUUCUUAUUAAAGCUCAAACUGGUUCUGGCAAAACUCUAGCUGCACUUGUACCUGUUGCAAACUAUCUAUACGAAUCAAUGCGAAACAUAGGGGAGACACCAUGUUUAUUAUUUUAUCAUUUUUAGUAGACUUAUCAACGUUCUAUUGUUUUUUAG